GCUCCAGUGAACGCUUCUGGCGCUACUGAGGAAAGCUGUAAAUUUCGGCUAAACGCCAGACAUCCUUUUUAUUUUCUGAUUCAAAACAGACAAUAAACAUGGCGUCAAAGUGUCCAAAAUGCGAAAAGACAGUCUAUUUUGCUGAAAAGGUGACGUCUCUAGGGAAAGACUGGCACAAGUUUUGCCUGAAGUGUGAACGCUGCAACAAAACCUUGACAGCAGGAAGCCAUGCUGAGCAUGAUGGGAAACCCUUUUGUCACAAGCCCUGCUAUGCUGCGCUCUUUGGGCCAAAAGGUGUCAACAUUGGCGGUGCAGGCUCUUAUGUGUAUGAAGCACCAGUCAACAAAGACCCAGCCCCAGCUACCAUGGACUCUGAAGCCAAACCUGACGAGAAACGAGCCUCAGCACCCAACAGACCUCCUUCUAAAGCUGGAAGCAUCACCACCUUUUCUGGGGAGGCAAACAUGUGUCCUAGGUGCAGUAAGAGGGUUUAUUUUGCCGAGAAGGUGACGUCUCUUGGGAAGGACUGGCAUCGGCCGUGUCUGCGCUGUGAGAGGUGCAGCAAGACUCUGACUCCAGGGAGUCAUGCAGAGCAUGAAGGCCAGCCCUACUGCCACAAACCGUGCUAUGCUGUCCUGUUCGGACCAAAAGGAGUGAACACAGGUGGUGUUGGCAGCUACAUCUAUGACAAGGAGGUGAAUGCAGAGGCCCAGCCAUGAGUGUGCGCCAUCAAACCAUCGCUGCACUACAGUCACACAACACCACUACAAACACAUCCACUACAUUAGCUCAUACAGAUUUACACACAUCUUCUCCACCACUUUCCCCACCACAUUAAUCUAGCCACACCGACUGACAUCAAUGCCAACAUGGACGUGUAGGGAAAUCCGAUGCAACGUAACAUAACCCAGCAUUUUCUGAUAUCUUCAUUCUUGUUACACACAGAUAUUGUUUGUCUGAGCAUCCACUUCUUCUUAUAUUUGUGUUAGAGUAUGGUAGUCUAUUUAAAAACUCUUAUACAUAGAGCUUAUGCGUUUGUUCGACCCAUUAUUGUUGUUUAUUGUACCAUGCUUCUUCAACAAUAUGGAACAAUACUGUCUACAACAACGUCAGUCACACAGCAUUUUACAGCAUUAUCCUAUGAUGGUUUUCCAGGUAAAUGUAAAAAAAAAAAAAAAAAAAUCAAAAGUGUUUUAUAUCCUUUUGUUUUUUUAAAGUGCCUUUCAUGCAGGCAGAUUGGUCACACUUUCUUGAACCUCUUUGCCCAGGUGCAGCUCUGCAGUGCGUAAAUCAACAAUGAAUAAGUCUAACAUAAAUCUAAAGUAAAUUCAGCAAGCCAGAUUUACACUUUGGCUGUCUCACAGCAUUUCUAACUCAACCAAGAUGUGGACGAAAUGUUCAUACAGUAAAAUAAAUGGGUCAAAUCUUAUUUUUAUGAGAGGAGCCAAUCCUGUCUCCAGGAGGUUGAAGGGUGUUGUGUGGCUUUGUGAUGGGUCUCUAAUGAUCAAGUAGCUGAGACUAGUAGCUGACCAUUUUAGCUUAUGUCUGACAAGGGAAAUUAUUAAUAAUUUGUUCAUUGUAUUCCAUUAAUGUGGUCUGAAUUUUGAAGAAUUGCUUGCAUGAAAACACAUUGCCAGUCAGAAUUAGCUGAUAGGAAGCUUUAAGUUAAACUUUAAUGACAAUGCAUUCUUCUGGAAUGUGCAUUAUUGAUAGUAUGAUUUAUUUUUAGUAGGUUGAGAAAUCAGAACAAUGCUGCCACUUAUUGCUUCUGUUCUUAAUAAAUUUGUAUACAACCUU